AUCAACAUCAUCGAAAUCUACUUUCACAAGAAACUUGACUAGCUUAGAUUUAACCCUGUUAAAUACAUUAGAAAAACAUAGUUAUGAUCCGAAAUUACAUCACUUAUCGCCAACAUACGUUGUUGAUGGUUUUGAAGUUCCACCGUCUUCAACUACCGUCAAGAGACUUAAAGAUACCAAUUUAAAUAGACAGGAUAAAUUUAUUUCACACCUAUCAACCUAUACUAAUAAUAGCCGUAUUAUCGAUACAGGUGAUACCAAAUUUAUGGAGAUAAGCAAAUUAGGUAAUGAUACGAACAAAAGUCAAGUAAACAACAAUCAACUUUUCCAAAAACGUCAAGGAUUCGAACCAUAUUGGACUGAAGCUGGCUAUUUUACGAUCGAUGAUAAACGUAUCAAUCCAUUCACAAUUUAUGAUCAAUCAACGCCAAAAAGUUAUUUUGAUGGUGAUCAUGUUGAUCUGCAUUUAAUAUCAACAAAUCCAUAUAUAAAUGGCAAAUAUGAUAAAUCUAAUAAACGUCCGGAACCAUUAUAUUGGUUAGGCAACAAUAGUCCAUCAUUGCAAUCGCGAAGUGUCGAUUCAAAUCAGCCCAAACAACAACAACAGCAACAGUAUUCAAAUCAAAAUAUAUUCCGAUCAUUUAAUGGCUAUGAUAUCAGUGCAUUGAAAAAAGAUACAUCGUUGCAUACGAUCGAAGGUAAACUAUUAACAACAUUAAAGCCAAUGAAUGAACGACCACUUCGAAGAAAAAUACCAGAGCUUUAUAUAAAAAUCGUAACAAAUGAUAAUUUUUCAACACCUUAUAUGGCAGUGAAUGACAAUGGCCAAACAAAUCAAGGGAUGAUUGUAUUGCCAAAACAGCCAUCACCUUUAUCAUCAAGACCAACAGUAGAAAAAAGACUUAAUUAUGAAAUCAAUGAAAGAUUACUCGCACCAUUUAAACACAAAAUUGAGGAUAAAACAUAUGGUUCGAUACGUUUAGACAAGAGUAAGAAUUCGGAACCAAAACUUGGAAUUUAUAACGGCAAUAUGGAUGAACAAAAAGUUCAUUCUGAUGGAUUCAAUCGUUAUACAGAUCAAAAAACCACUGUUCUUCCAACAUACAAGAUGAUCAAACAAGUGACACAUGCAAGCCGAUUUAGAAAGAAAGUCAUUCGUAAAAAGAAGAUGAAUUAUCAACCAUCUUCAUCUUCAUCGUUACCAUCAUCAUUAUUGUCUUCACAAUCAUUGUCACCAUCACCGGCAAUGGCCGCUAGUUCCUCAUCUUCAUCAUCAAACAUUUAUGGCCAUCAUCCAUCUACAAGUCUUUUGACAGGAACUUUGGUGACCGGUUCUUUCAAUAAUAACAAUGAACAAAAAAUACGAAGAAAUAGUCGACCACCAUUAUAUAAAAGUUUGGAUAAGGCUACUACAUUACCAUUGAAUUUUCCUUAUGAUUUAUCGCCACGAAUCUGGACAUCAUCAUCAUCAUCAUUUUUGAACCUUUCACCUACUACACCGGCUCCUAUAAUCGAAUAUACAUCAGAUAAUAUACCAGAUGAACGUCCAUUUCCAACAACACCAAAACCAACACAACGAAAUCGGCCACAACAAUUACAUGAAGCAACAGGCUCAUAUAUAAAAAAUAAUUUAUCGAACAAAACAUCGAAUAAAAAUGAAGAUAAUGUCAAUCAUGAACUAUUUAUGAAAUCGAUGAAUGCUGAUAAAAGUGAAAAUGUAAUGGUUGUACCGAUGUACAUGGAUUCCAAUUCAAACAAACGUUUGAAUCUUGCACAAUAUAAUAGUUACGUUGUGAUGCCUACAAGUUACAAUAGUAAUCGAAAUGAAAUAAAUAAAAAUAGUCAAACAUUUGUGUCGAAAAAUGACGAAAUCGCAAAUCGAUUCAAAAAUCCGAUUGAUACACUAGAAGAGUUCAUUAAGAAAACCAUCAAUGAUGUUUCCAAGAUAGAGCCACAAAAGUAUUCUGUCACUCCAUCAUUUUCAACGACUACAACACCGCUUCCACCUUCAUCAAUAUUGGCCACAACCAUGUCUUCAAUCACGCCUCAAGGUUUUGAAACGCCAAAAGAACAAGUUUACAAGAAAAUCAAAGCCAUUAAUGGAUAUCGAAGAAGUCGUAAAUAUAGACCAUUAAUAUCAUUAGAUCAAAACAUCCCAACAAAAAGAUCAAACAUGACAAAUUCUCUUGAUUCAAUUGACAAGAUAUCAAAAAAAGAUAAUGUUACAAUCGCUAAUCGAACUAAUAGUAAAAUUAUAAAUCUGUCUGAUCCAAACACGAUUACAACGUAUGAGACAUUGAGAAGUAAUGAUGUUGAUCAAGAUCGAUCAUCAUUAUCAUCAUCAUCAUCAUCAAAAACGAUGGACGAUCGAUGGUCAUUGACCACUACUCCAAGUACCUUAAUAUCAGCCAAUCAUUUGCUGCCAAAAUCUGUUUACGGUAGUCGAUCAAUAUCAUCUCCCAUUCAAACAACAAUUAGGCCAGAAAUCUGGAAAGAGAGUAUGGAUAUACCAACCGAUAUGAAUACAAUACCGGUGACCAGUACAACAAAAGCACCUCAAUAUAUAUUGACUAAACCAAAAAAUAAACAAAAAAUUGCUGUAAAAAUCCGUUUGCCGAGUUCAACAUCAACAACAUCCACAACUACAUCAACGACAAUGUCACCGAAAACACAACACAUACCAAAGAAUUAUACAGAAUAUAAUUACUAUGAUUAUGAUAAUUAUGGCAAUGCCGAAGAUUAUGACAUAAAUAACUAUGAUGAUGAAUAUUACAAUAACAUGUUGAAUGAAGGCAGAAUGUCAUCCACUUCAACGACUACAACCACGACAACAACAACAACAACCACCACUUUAGCACCGCCAUCAUCAUCAAUUUCACCAUUAUCAUUAUCUAAUAUAAAUAACAGUAGUAAAGGACAAAACAUAACAAGACAAGUCAAGAGACCACUGAUUUAUCUCAGGAAUAGACCUCGACCUACAAUUCGUCGUUUAGUUAUUAAAGAUCCUGGUGAGAAUGUGAAAAUAAUUUCAGCUUCACGACCUCGACCAUUAUAUCCACAACCAAAAGCAUUGAUAACGGCAAGUAAAUGCGACAAACGUAAAUGCCGUUUACCUGAUUGCCGAUGCGGUAGUUCAGAUAUACCAGGUGAUUUUUCCAGCAAACAGAUUCCACAGAUCGUGAUGCUCACAUUUGAUGAUGCAGUUAACGAUUUAAAUUGGGACCUGUAUGAAGAGUUAUUAAAUUCAGGACGAAAAAAUCCCAAUGGUUGUCCAAUUAAGGCAACAUUCUAUGUUUCACAUGAAUGGACUGAUUAUGGACAAGUUCAAACACUGUAUUCUAGAGGUCAUGAGAUUGCCUCACAUACUAUUUCGCAUCGAUUUGGAGAAAAAUUUUCCAAAGAUGAAUGGGUCAAAGAAAUAAAUGGACAACGAGAAAUAUUAAAUCUAUAUGGUGGAGUCAAGUUUGAAGAUAUUCGUGGCAUGAGAGCACCUUUCUUACAGACUGGAGGCAACAAUAUGUUUGAAAUGUUAUAUGAAACAAAUUUCACUUAUGAUUCAUCAUUACCCGUUCAGGAGAAUCAUCCGGCCUUUUGGCCAUAUACACUUGAUUAUGCACUCUCACAUAGUUGUAAUAUUCCACCCUGUCCAACGAAAUCAUUUCCAGGUGUAUGGGAAGUUGGUAUGGUUAUGUGGACAGAUUUACGUGGUGGCCGUUGUUCGAUGGGCGAUGCUUGCACAAAUCCACCAGAUGAAGAUGGUGUUUACGAAAUGUUGAUCAAAAAUUUCAACAGACAUUAUAAAAAUAAUCGUGCACCAUUCUCAUUAUAUUAUCAUAGUGCAUGGUUCAAUAUACAACAUCAUAGGAAAGGAUUUUUUCGUUUUUUGGAUGAAAUUUUACAAAAUCAAGAUGUUUAUAUGACAUCAACAUGGCAAAUGUUACAAUGGGUUCGUAAACCAGUAACAUUAGAUCAGCUCAAUUCAUUUGAACCAUUUCAAUGUAAUCAAGAUAAACCAAUCAAUGAAUGUAGUCGGGCAAAAGUUUGCAAUGUUCAUUCUAAACAAGGUUCACGUACCUUACGUACAUGUCAAGAAUGUCCAACAGUAUUUCCAUGGAUCGGUAACACCGGAUUUUCGAAAUCCAAAUAUGGAUAAAACAGAUGAAUUUAUUUACAAACAAAAAAAAAAAUACGUGGCAAAAAAUCAUUGUGAUCAUUCUCUGUUAUCAUUUACUAUUGCCAUUGUCAUUGUCAUUGAUUGACAUGUGACAUACACUAGUCAUUCUGUUUCCAUUUUUGAAAUUUUUUUCAAAAAUAUUUACGAAAUUAACUUAUUGUUUGAGAAAAAAAAAUAUGUUAAAUGUUUGUAAUAAAUUGUUGAACAAAUAAAUGAUUUUGACUUAUUAUUUUGACAA